UAGUGAAGUCCAUUUGUCUAUUCAAAUUUCAAAAGCUUCUUCUCUCUGAUAACAGAGCCACCGAGCCACUGCCAAGCGGACUGCCGGCUGCCGCUCCGCGAAACCUCCUUCCGGAUUCCCGAGCAUUGAAUUCUUCACCAGGUGAGUUCUGGUGGUUCUUUGUGUUCUUUUACCCUUUUCGGUAAGGGGUUUGCUCGCGGAAGUUUGCACGGAGGCCGGAGCAGAAGGUGGGCGGUAUUUAAAGAGUCAUCUGUAUCGAAAUUUGACUCUGCGAUUCUGGGGUCAUGGGUUUGGGAAGGUUUUGGUAGAAUCUCUUGGGCAGGUUCUAAGCGUCUGUUUUUGUUCUUAAGCACUUCAGCAAUUUGUUAUUUUCUGGCUGAUGCCUAUUUAGUAAAUCAUGCAAAUGUUCCCUACCGAGUUCUCGUGAUGAAUACUCAUGUAUUUGUCUUAUGUGGAGGCCUUGAAGGGAUUGAUCUCCACAUGAGGUUAUGCUUGUGCUUUUUUGGGAGUGAUUGGACCACAAAGUUAACCAGGCAGCAUAGAAUUAUGUUGCGAGUGGUUGAACCAUUCAAUUCUAUAACUAGCUGCUGAACUUGAGCUUCCGUAUCCUGCCAUUUUGAGAAGUUUUGGCAAAUGACAGUUGCUUUUAUAUUAUAUAUAAUUCUAACAAUCGCAAGUGCUAAUUUUCUGGGUUUGAGAAGUGUGACUUAUUCUUUAAUCGAAGACUCUUAUUUCAAUGUCAGCAGUCUUCUGGGAAUAAUCCCCUGUUUGUUGAUUGCUUGGUGAUAGUUAGGGGGAAAAGUUGAAACUCUUUGUAGCACCCAAAAUUAGGACGGUCUGGAGAAGUUCUGAUGGAGCAGUAUGAAUUCCUGGAGCAGAUUGGGAAAGGUUCUUUCGGUGCUGCUCUGCUUGUGAGACAUAAACAUGAGAAGAAGAAGUAUGUGCUGAAAAAAAUCAGACUUGCUCGUCAAAGUGACAGAGCCAGAAGGUCUGCACACCAAGAGAUGGAGCUCAUAUCUAAAGUGAGAAAUCCAUACAUUGUCGAGUACAAGGAUUCGUGGGUAGAGAAGGGCUGCUAUGUCUGCAUUGUUAUUGGGUUCUGUGAAGGUGGAGACAUGUCUCAAAUGCAUCUGAAAACUAAAUUACGGUUGGUGCCACCCUAUAUGCAGAAGCUUUGCAAGUGGCUAGUUCAACUCUUGGUGGCUCUUGACUAUUUGCAUGCCAACCAUAUACUUCAUCGUGAUGUCAAAUGCUCAAAUAUAUUUUUGACAAAAGACCAAGACAUUCGUCUAGGUGACUUUGGUCUUGCUAAAAUGUUGACUUCUGAUGAUCUUGCUUCUUCUAUUGUGGGGACUCCUAGUUACAUGUGCCCUGAGCUUCUUGCUGAUAUUCCUUACGGUUCAAAAUCCGAUAUCUGGUCACUAGGUUGCUGCAUGUAUGAAAUGUCUGCCUACAAGCCAGCAUUUAAAGCAUUUGAUAUGCAAGCUUUGAUCAACAAAAUAAACAAGUCCAUCAUUGCCCCUCUUCCAACAGUAUACUCUGGUGGAUUCCGAGGUCUUGUCAAGAGCAUGCUGCGGAAAAAUCCAGAACUCAGACCUAGUGCUGCGGAGCUGCUAAGUCAUCCACAGCUUCAACCACAUGUGCUGAACAUUCAUCUAAAGUUGAGCAAUCCCAGAAGGAAUACUCUGCCCUUCCGCUGGUCCGAUUCCAGUUUCACAAAGAAAACUAGAUUCGUGGAAGAAGAUUCAUGUAUGAUUACUAACACAGAGAAAAGGCUAUCAUCUUACUGCAACGACAGAAGCUUGAACCCUAGCAUCUCAGAAGCAGAACCAGGCUCUACUUGUUCUUCUCAGGGAGCGUUGGAAUCCCCAAGGCGUCUGAAUCAGGAGAAGUUCAGUAUUGCCCGCGAGGACAUUGGGAUUGAUAAACAAUUCCUUACUGCUACUUCUGCUGCCGCUGCUGCUAAAACUCCAAGAUUUGUUCCCGCCAAAAUUUCUACUCCCAGGAGGCUCUCAGCUACACCAGCAAAGAUAACUCACAAGCGUGACUCGCUUCCAGUGACGUGCUCCCAAUCGAACACACCUUCCCACUCCACGCGGAGAGCUUCUCUUCCAUUCCCCAACAAAACCACUCCCGUCUCAAGGGAAACUCCUUACAGGUCCCAACUCCGUGCCCUCCAUGUCCUGGAAUCGCCUGAUGUAUCAGUAAACGCUCCGCGGUUAGACAAGAUUGCGGAGUUCCCGUUAGCCUCCUCCGUGGGAUCUCUCGUUGUCCCAAUUCGCGGAACCUCAUCGACCUCAGCACAAUGCUCCUCUUCCUCCGCUGCGUCAGAGAGCAACAUUGCAGAUCGCUCAAUAACGAAGGACAAGUGCAUUGUCCAGGUGGUGGCCAAAGGCGUUGUCAGUAACAACAACCACGAAGUCAGGCUGCCAAGUGGUUCUGAAUCCUCGUCAGGGCAGAAUUCUGCUCUGACGAGGGUCACUACUACCACAACUGGGGUUCCAAGCGAAUCGUCGGGGGAAUCGAGGCAGCGGAGGUUCGACACAUCGUCGUACCAGCAGAGGGCGGAGGCGUUGGAAGGGUUGCUCGAGUUCAGUGCACGGCUGCUACAGCAGGAACGCUUUGGCGAGUUGGCGGUGCUGCUAAGGCCAUUCGGACCUGAGAAGGUUUCGCCCAGGGAAACUGCUAUUUGGUUGGCUAAGAGCUUUAAGGAGACGACGGCCGUCUGAAGGUUUACGGGCUUUUGGAUCGGCAUUUUUCUUCCGGUCUUCAAUCUCGAAGGCUGUUUGAAAUGUUUCCCCGUGAUGUGAAUGAUAGGUUUGGCAUAGAACCUCAUUUGGCGCGGGUAAUAGUAAUACGAAUGGCUGGGAUAUUUCUGGCAUCUCACCUUCUACUUCUAGAAUUGUUUCCAGUUCUUGUUUUCUCAAUACUCGAUCUGUGAGUGUGACUGGUAUGAGCUCUUAAGUUUACGAAAAUGGUGAUGGUUUAGUCAAGUAUCCCAAUGGUGGCGAGAUCGUUGAGGAGGCGAGCUAUUACGCUGAUGUGCAUGAACAGAUCAUCGUACUCUUUGCUUAGCAUGGCCUCCUCGGAAAGGUGACAUCCCAAGAAGAACGUUGGCACCAAGAUGAACGGUCCAAUGUUAUGUAGCACUUUCGUAUCAUGUUGUAGUGUACACUUCCAUUAUAUUGUCG